AUGUCGUCUCUAUCAUCCUCACGUGUGUUUUUUGACAUGGAUGUUCAACCAACCAGGGAAUAUCUUGCUUGGUUUGAAUCAAACAUGGAUGUUGCUAAUAGAGUUAACGCUGAAAUUGUCACCAAGGCUGAGACAGCUACUAUAGGGGAAUUAAUCUCUUACAUGCAGAAGAAAGAGGCAAAGGUUGCUUGGUUCGAGUGUACAGCCGCUAUUGAUGAUGUUGUGCGUGGUUGUGCAUGGUAUUAUAUUUCUUGUGGUGAGUGCAAGACUAAAGCAACCAAAGGGCCUACCACACUUAUGUGUAAAAAGUGUGGAAAGACUGAGAUUGUCGGUGUUGCAGAGUAUCUCACCAAGAUCUCUGUCUAUGAUAACACUGAUCAUGCAAGCUUUGUGCUACUCGGGGAUGCUGGGCAUGAGUUGAGUGGGAAGAAAGCCUUAGAAUUGGUUGAGAGCUACUUUGAGGCCAAUGAAAGCGUGGAAGAUGGUCACAUGGUCCCGGUGCCACAAGCCCUGAUUGCUACCAUUGGACAGACUCGCACGUUCGUUAUUAAGGUAUCAAAGCACAACCUGGAUGGGAAGACUCAAGCUUUGACUGUCACCAAAGUUCUCCCUCUCAGAGUUCCAGCACUUGAAGGCACCAUAGAAGAGACGUUGAUGAUGGACCUGCUGAUGAAAGGGAUGAAGCUGCAGGUGUGA